GCCGGACUAUGGCAGAGGCGUCAAUGUGCUGCCGACUGCCCAGCGCGUCGAUCGCUGAACUCCUCCACCAUCUGCUCAACUUUCACCAUGUUUGAACGGCCUAUGCCCCGCCUCUUCCUCAUCCGUCAUGGACAGACGGAGUGGUCACUCAACGGUCAUCAGACCGGCCGUACGGACAUUCCUCUCACUGCUGAGGGUGAACGGGAAGCUGCUGAAGGCGCUCGUGUCCUAGUUGGCGAAGGAAAGAUCAUCGACCCCAAGAACAUUUGCACAGUGUUCGUGUCGCCUAGGAUCCGUGCUCACAGAACGUUCCACCUGCUCUUCGAUCAUCUCCCGGAAAUCCCACAUCAUGUCAACACGGAAGAAGUGAGGGAGUGGGACUACGGAGAGUACGAAGGCCUCCGCCCUGCAGAGAUCAAAGAACGGAACCCGACCUGGACUAUCUGGAAGGACGGUUGCCCUGGAGGCGAAAGCACUGAGGAGAUGUGCCACCGCGUUGAUACCGUCAUCGGCAAGGUCCGCGAGCAUCACCGCGCAUGGAAGGAGGAGGGCAAGGGCUCUCGCGACGUAGUGAUUGUUGCUCAUGGCCAUUUCAACCGCGUCUUUAUUUCGCGCUGGAUCAACUUCCCGCUGUCUCUUGGGACGCACUUCAACGUGGAGCCUGCUGGUAUUGCUAUCCUCGGAUAUAACCACAACAACCUUGCAGAGCCCGCGCUCAACGCGCUCAACUUGUACGCGAAGCCCCAAUAAUAGAUGUCGUGUUGGCUAGUAGAUGCGUUAUACCUG